CCUUUCUUUCCAAUUUUUCUUGUUAUAACAUGUUUUCAUUUUGUUUGAUUCAAUUUGUCUGCUGCUCAGGUCAUCUUAUUAUUUUCUGAUUUUCUCUCCUAAGUCCUAAUUAAUCUUUAUGCAGACUUUUCAGUUGUCCAAAUUCAUGUCUCUAUAAGUUGUGUAUUCGGUUGAGGUUUUUCUUUUUUUAAAAAAAAAAACCAAAAGUGCUUUUGAUAUAUUAAGAAAGACUUGUUUGGAAAUGUUAAAAGUUUCAGCUUUUAGGAAAAUAUGAUUAGCUUUGUACAGAACCUAAAAGUUUCAGGUUCAGCUUCUAAGCAAGAAAUUUGAUUUUCGUUGAAAUAAAGCUUUAUCUCAAAGGGCUCCUGCUUUGACUUUCUUAAGCUACCAGAAUUAAUCUAUUGUAAUGUGCAAUUUCUUUUGUCAUUUCACAGUUUUAUACUGCUUUGUUCUUCUCAUACUAGGAUUGUAAGAUUUUUUCUUAUUUAUUUUGUUUGUGUGAUAAUACAUGCUUCAUGGUGCUUCUCCAUAAUCGGUUGGAUGUUUAGAUAAAGUAUUGGAGUUUUACUCAGUCUAAAAUUUCCAUGAUGCUUCUGCUCAUAUGCUUUAUGGUACUUAUAGUAGUUAUCUAUGAAUGUUAUACUUAUACACACAUUACAGACAUAAAUUUUGGCCUAUUUUGACUUUUCACAGUUGGUGCACAAAGUUUGUUCAACCUAACGUGGUUUACUCUUUUAUCACUUACACCCCUAUUUUUUUUUUUCUUAUCAAUUAUCCCCUUGUGGUUUUUUUCCAUCCAAGUCCAUCUUUAACACUAUUAGUAAUUAAACUAACUUUGUCCAUUUUACCCCUAUUUUACUUGUUAAUUAAUCUGAUAUAAAAAUUACAUAAAAAAGAGAGAGAAUUCUCACGUAAAAACAUUAUGUUCCCUAUUGCUAUUUUUGUUGGUUGUGAUACAACCUGUGAUAUGCCAGAAUGAGAAGGCUGUUCCUCUUUCUGCACUACUCCAUGUUGCAAUUGCAAUUGCUGUGGUUGUUCUCCUUGCCAGGUCCAAACAAUGUCCUUAAGUCCAUAUUCUUCAGCAUUCUCUAGUGUCAUCCCAAAAAUCAGGGAAUGCUGAAAGAUGUGUUUGAUGGUCAAAAACUCCUUCACCGAGGUUAAUUAGGUUGCACCUCCAUUUGGGCUACCCUUGUUCAUCCUUGACAAGAUUGGAUGUUUAGUCCACUGCCCAUAUCUACUUUGUGCUCAUGUGACUGAGGUGGCUAGAAAUCAAAGCCAUUGUGUGAUUUCAAAACAUGAUGUUUGUGAAGACGGUUGAGCUUUGAGUUUUUUGAGAACCAUUUUCCUGCUUUUGUCCACAUAAUUGCCUGUACUUGGUACUGUUGAUAUUAGCAUUGGUUUUAUGGAACAGAAAGGAAAUGUGCCUAUGCAAAGAUAUGAACUAGGGAGAUUAUUCGGCCAAGGAACCUUUGCAAAGGUUUACCAUGCAAGGAACCCUAUAACUGGCAUGAGUGUGGCCAUUAAAGUUAUUGAUAAAGAGAAGGCUCUGAAAGUAGGGAUGAUUGAUCAGAUUAAGCGUGAAAUUUCAGUGAUGAGACUAAUCAGCCAUCCACAUGUGGUUGAGCUUUAUGAGGUAAUGGCCAAUAAAACCAAAAUUUACUUUGUUAUGGAGUAUGUAAAAGGUGGUGAACUCUUCGCCAUCCUAUCGAAAGGAAAGCUCAAGCAAGAUGAUGCUAGGAGAUAUUUUCAGCAAUUGAUCAGUGCUGUUGACUACUGCCAUAGCAGAGGUGUAUGUCACUGCGAUUUAAAACCAAAAAAUCUUCUAUUGGAUGAAAAUGGAUAUUUGAAGGUCUCAGAUUUUGGGUUAAGUGCUCUUGCUGAGUCUAAGCACCAAGAUGGAUUACUCCAUACUACAUGUGGUACCCCAGCCUAUGUUGCUCCAGAAGUGAUUAACAGAAAGGGUUAUGAUGGGACCAAAGCUGAUAUAUGGUCAUGUGGGGUGAUCUUGUAUGUUCUAUUGAUUGGUUUUCUUCCAUUUAGAUAUUCAAAUCUGAUGGAGAUGUGUAAAGAACCUUGGGAUACACCACCCCAAAAGCUAGCUCAAGGGAUGGGAGUGUCCAAGACCUUAUAAAGGCCAUAUUAGUUGCUCAUCCAAUCAAUGUGGGACUAUAUAUCUCAACACGCCUCCUCACGCAAGAGCCCUUUAGGCUAGAAGCGUGGAAAUUGUACAGGCCCAUUUUUGGUUUACCUUUUUGUGCUUUUUUUUUUUUAAUUUUAAUUCCACUUUUUAAAGCAGGGGAUGGUGAGGCUCUGAUACCAUGUAAAGAACCUUGAGAUACACCACCUCAAAAGCUAGCUCAAGGGCUGGGAGUGCCCAAGACCUUAUAAAGGCCAUAUUAGUUGCCCAUCCAAUCAAUGUGGGACUAUAUAUCUCAACAAGAUGUAUAGGAAGAUUGGUAAGGCAGAACCAACAAGAAUAGUGACUGGCAACAUAAUGUUUUUACGUGAGAGUCCUCUCUCUUUUUAAUGUAACUUAUAUAUAAGAUUAAUUAACAAGUAAUAUAGGGGUAAAAUGGAUAAGUUAAUUUAAUUACUAACAGUGUUAAAGAUGGAUUUGGAUGGAAAAAAAUCACAAGGGGGUAAUUGAUAACAAAAAAAUGGAAUAGGGAUGUAAGUGAAUAAAAGAGUUAAACCGCAAGGGGGUUUAUGAACUUUUCCCUAGAUUUAACAAAGAGCUUCCCAUGUGCGGUGCAUAAUAUGUUAAAAGUGAAACUUUAUGCAUUAAACGUGAAAAUUGGUUAAACUUCACAGGGGUUGUUUAUAAAGGGUUUAAGGUGUUUGUCCAUUAAAUCUAAUCCUCCAUUUAACGGUUUCACUGUUUACCUAAGUUGAUUAAUGAUGGGAGUUAUGUGUAAUAAAACAAGCUAAACUUCAGGGGUGUAAUCUUCAUUUGAACCACCCCCCCCCCCCCGUGGGGCCCCCCCGGCCCCUUUCUCUUUUUACCCUUUUCUCAAACUGUUUGUCCUAAUAUUUUUGUAUU